CGGCCCCCGCAAGUCGAUCCUGCUGUGUUGCUGUAAAAGUGACUUUUCCAUUCAGCAGGCUGACAGCUCAGGGCUAAAAACCGUCCGUCAGCCUCUUUGCGCGGCUGCCUGUGCUUCUAUAGCUCCUUCCCGAUGGUAGGAGAAUAAAAGACUGAGCCGGGUUCCCCGGAGGAUUUUCCAGCUCGUGCUACACCGCAGUGCAAGGAGUGAGGAGGCGUGGCGGCAGUGUGGGGGUGUACAAACUCAGGGCGAUAUAAGAUCCAGGACGGGACAGCGAUGAGGCAGGACCAGCGACCGAGGCGGCGCCUGAAAGAAUUGCAAAAAGAGGAAAUUUCUCUUGCGUGAAGAAUUUGCACGGCUACAGACCGCCUUGAAUUUCUGGGAAAGUGAAGCGAUUUGACGACCUUUUCAAGAAAAUGCCGAAUCUGUGCCAGUGGGCGAUUUGGAGCGUCUUGCUCUGGAGUACCCUGACCCAUGCUUCCCGGCCCACCUUCGAACGGAAAGACCCCCACACCCAUGAGAAGCUGUUGUGUGAGAAGUGCCCCCCGGGGACGAGCAUGGCCAAACCUUGCACCGGGGACAAACAGACCGAGUGCAAGCCGUGUGCAAACGAGCACUACACCCAGUAUUGGAACUACCUGGACAGAUGCUUGUACUGUAGCGUCCGUUGUAACAUCCUGGAGGUGGAGGUGGUGCCGUGCAACAGGACACACAACAGGGUGUGCGAGUGCAUGCCGGGCUACCACACCGAGUCGCUCUUUUGCAUCAAGCAUUCCAAGUGCCCUCCAGGAAGCGGAGUGUUGAAGCCAGGCAACCCCCGAGAAGAUACCCAGUGCGGAGUCUGCCCAGAGGGGAGCUUUUCCAGCAACCAUUCAGCCAAAGAGACCUGCCAGACCCACCAGAACUGCUCCGUGCAAGGCCUUCGGGUCAGCGUACCUGGCACCCUUUUCCACGAUGCGUAUUGCACCGCCUGCAGGGUUGACAAAGGCUCGGAGGAGGGCUCAGGUACGGGAGACUGUGUCGAGGCAGCCCUUGACUUUGUCGCGUUCCAACUGAAGUCCCCGCGAAGGCUACGGCGUCUGUAUCGUAAACUCACUCAAACUGCUCCUGGGACGGAGAAGAAGAAGCCCAUCGAGGAGCUGCAGGUGGACCUUCAUAGCUACCUGCUGCAGCUCAAGAACCUCCACGGGAAGGAGCAAGCGUGGGAUAUGGUCCAGGAAGCCCUGACGAAGAUGAAGUUGGAACACCUUCUGCAGAACAUCCAGAGGAAGUUCUCUGUGGGUUGAUGAGGCCACUCGAUACGGGGUUUACUGUAUCGUAGAAUUGUAAGAAGAGGAAAUUUCCAUUGUCUGAAGAAUUUGCACAACUACAAACCAUCUAGAAUUUCUGGGAAAGUGAAUCGAUUUGACGACCUUUUCAAGAAAAUGCAAAAUCUGUGCCAGGUAACAAAUGUAAAGAUAAUAUUUCCAAUGCAGAGCGAAUGAGCAGAUGUUUAGUAUAAUGUUAAGUCUGGUGAUACCAUCCACCCGGUUGCAGCUAAAUUAAGCAGGCAUCUUCAGUGGAAGUUUAUCUUGAAAUCGUGGGAGUGACGGCAACACGUAGGGUUGUACGAAUAGAGGAAAAUGUUUAUAGUUCAGGGUUGAGCUGUGAGGUCCUCGGUGCUCUCUGAGCUCGGUGGUAUUUUUGCAGAAGUUUCAUUACCUCAUUAGAUACUGAACGCAAAUAGCAAACUAGAUCCCAAAGAAGGAAUUAACUCCGACAAACAGAGGAAUCACCAAGAAAACUCCCACAAACGCUGGUAUUAGAGGGGCUGCCACGGAGAGGAGGGGGUUGGACUAGAAGACCUCCAAGGUCCUGUCCAACUCUGUUGUUCUAUGUUCUAUGAUAGAUGAAGUCACUUCUAUAUAAACCUCACUCCCUUCUAACAUUGAUGAGAUUACCUAGUUGGGUAAUGAAACUUCUGCAAGAAAACAAACAACCCAGCUCAGAAAGCACCAAGGACCCCAUAGCCCUCCUUCUCCUCCUCUUCCUCACUACUACCACCACCACUCCUUCGCAAACAUCACUCCCUUCGUGCACUGAUGAAGAUAGCUAGUUAGGUAAUGAAAUAUUUGCAAAAAAUGAAGCUCAGACAGCCCCA